CGUGUUUUUGUGAUUGUAUGUUGUCGCCUUUGUGCUCAACUUUUCCUUCUGCUGGAAGUUGUUUUUUUAAGUCUUAUGUAAAAUUGUUCUUCUAAACUGAUAGAUAAAAGUUGGAAUUAAGUACUUGAUUCACUAGUAAUAAGUUAUUCACAUAAAAUAGAUCAUAACGUUUUGUAAACGACUAAUGUGAAUGUGUUUUUAUGAUGGCUUUGGUUCGUGUUUCUAUAGCAAGGCUGCUAUCGUCAGCUGUGCCUUGUGCUAGUAAAGGUUGCCAAGGGAAUGCAGCGUUUCUGGUCCAGACUUCAGGAAUUUCCAGCAUUCACGUUAAAGGAAAGAAACCGCGCCCGCCGCCAUUCCCAUACAAAGAGAAAACAUACAAUGUUUUCCGUGCUUUUUUUGAUACAACCACCGACAGAUUUGACGAGAACACCAAGUUAAUCGUGGUUGAUGGCCCAAUUGCUGCUGGGAAAACAGCGCUAGCCAAGAAGUUAGCCCAAGAAUUCGACAUGCAUUAUGUUCCUGAAGCGAACAUGGAUAUGAUUUAUAUCAAUGAAUACGGAUAUGACCUGAGACAAUUAGAUCCGCAACUGCCGAAGAGUUGCAGGAGCUACGAUGUCAAGGAUUUAAAUUUGAGGCCAGACUUGCAAUUUGCCGCUAACCUGCAAAUUAGCAUGUACCAUUUACGUUACGCGCAGUAUAUAGAUGCUCUGGGUCACUUGCUGAGCACAGGUCAAGGCGUCAUCAUGGAUCGCAGUGUGUACUGUGAUUUCGUUUUCCUUGAAGCCGUGUACAGACAGGGCUACAUCAGCAAAGGAGGCCUAAGCGUGUAUUACGACAUGAAGUCCAACAGCAUCGGCGAUCUGAAGAGACCACACCUUGUGAUAUACCUCGACGUCCCAGCGAAAGUGGUGGCUCAGAGGAUCAAGGAGCGAAAUCUGCCGUACGAGGUCAAUUCCAAGCUCAUGAACAACAAAUACCUGGCGGAUAUUGAAGAGAUCUACAAGCAGAGCUACCUUAAGGAAAUCAGCUCCCACGCAGAAUUGCUGAUAUAUGACUGGUCAGAGUACGGCGAGGUGGAGAUUGUCGUGGAGGACAUAGAGAGGAUCGAUUUUGACCACUACGAUCACGACGACCCCAAAUUGAAGGAUUGGGACAUAGGUAGCAAGUGGGACUGGAACGAGGCCAGGAUGAUCUACACCAAGGACAGGCUAGACCUGCUGAACAACUUGAACGUUCCGAGGUUUGAUGUUCCCGAACUGCUCAUCAAUGGUGAAGAUUCUUGGAAGAUGAAACAAGUCCUGGCCAGUGCUCCAGGAAUGCAGUACAGCAAAGGUUACAAUGCAGAUAUGGGUGAUACUGGUAUCUUGACCAAAACGAAACAGUACAAAACCCUGUUCUGAAAGUUGGUGCACAUAUGUGGAGUAGAGAGAGGCUCUCCAACUGUGCAAUGAUUGAGAAGUGUAAUUUCAAAAGCUUGGUGCACAGUUUGUAGUUGUGUUUGUGAUUUGAUUAAUAUUUCAUACACACACA